AUGACAUCAUCCUUCAAUAUUAGAGGAAAUGGUACCCACGUUGAAGAAGUUGGUGUGGAUAAAUCUUACGUUCCCUCUUCCCAAGUAAUUGAGGAAGAGAAAGAUAAAUCUAAUCAAAAACGUAAAAAAUCAAAGUCUCGUGGUCUCCGUCAUAUAUUGAAAAGAGAAGAAAAAGAUAAUGUUGUGGAAAAGUCGCAACGACAGAAUGAUGAGAAAAAAAGUGAAAGUUUGGCUCGUACUCUAUCGGGAAUAUUUAGUAAUAAAUCGAAAUCGGAAAAAGAAAAACGAAAAGAUUCAAAAAAUCGACUUAGUACUGUUUUCUUUUCUGAUAAUGAAGAUGAAACUACUGACCAUGUGAGAAAAAAUAAAAGAUCAAAUAAUAAUGAUACUCUAUUUUCUGAUAAUGAAAAUGGUUCAAAUAAAAAGAAUUCUAAAAAAAAUAGGAUUAGUUUGAACAUUGAUAAGUUAUUAGAGUUCGAUGAUGAUUAUAAACAUAAGACUUUUAAUAAUAAUAAUAUGACUGAUAUGUUCCUUCCGGAAACUAAUGGAACUCCUAUUAAAACUUAUAAAGGACGUCUUGACUCCUCUGGUUCUGUCAGUGGACGUGAUUCUCCUGUUUCGAUUUUAAAACGAACUACUGCUAUACCUAAUCAAACUGAAUCCCCAAUUUUACUUUCUGCUACAUUUGUACCUUUUGCUCCCAUAAUAAACGAAUCGUCUCAUGAACAUUCUCAAGAAAUUAAGGUUGAAUCUGUUGAACAUAUUGAACAGAAAGAUGAAAUUAAAGUUGACCCUGUUGAUCAAAAAAUUGAUCAGAAAGAAGUUAUUGACCCUGCUGAACAGAAAGAAAAAAUUAAUAUUGACCCUGUUGAACAAAAAGAUGAAAUUAAUAUUGAACUUAUAGAACAGAAAGAUGGUCAUAAAGUUGAGAUUGAGUCUGUUGAACAGAAAAAUGAAUCUAAGAUUGAGUCUUUUGAGCAAAAUGACGAACCUGUCGAACAAAAAGAUGAAUUUAAGGAUAACCUUAAUUAUUCUUCUACUCCUGCUACGUCUAUCAACGAGGAUAUAUCAGUCAAUGAAAAUGUAUUAAAACUUUCCUCUCAAGUUUCUUAUGAUAACCUCAAUGCUGAUACAGGAUCCUAUCAGCAAGUUAAUGCCGAAAUUUACAAUAAUGCUGAUACUGAAGUUAAUGAUAUAAUUAAUUCAGAAACUACCAAUUAUGAUGACUUUCAUGAUAAACUUGAAGAAGAUAAUAUUGAACAUUAUAAUAUUGAGAAUAAAAAUUUUGAAUCUCCUCAAAUUAUUAUUGAAAAACAAGUUAUUAUUACUAAAGAGAAUAUUCUAAAGCUCGAAGAACAUCAUUAUAUUGAGAAUAAAAUUUUUGAAUCUCCUCAAAUUAUAUCUCCAACUCCACAAUUUAUUGAAAAACAAGUUAUUAUUACUCGAGAUAAAAGUUCAAAGUCACAACAAAUUGCUAAAUUAACUUCAUUAGAAUCUAUUAAUGAAUCUUUGACCAAUGUCAAAGAUCAAUUAGAGUCUAAAGUUCAAGAACAAUCACAACAGAUUGGCAAAUUUACUUCUUUAGAGUCAGUAAUGGUUCGUCAAUUUGAACAUGCUGAACGAAUGGAGGAAACCAUGAGACGAUUAGAAGCAAAAAGACCUACUGCGGGUCAAGAACUAAUUCCUAAAGUUCUAAAAUGGGCAACGGAGGAUGUUGAUAAUCCUGACUGA